AUGGCGCCUAUUCACAAACCCCUCGACCGCUCCACCACCUUCGAGGCCAUGCUUUCUGUCAGCCCUGCCGUCGGUCCUAUCGUUCUUCUUAAUGUCAUCUCGCUUCCCGCCGGGGCAGAUAGGGAGUCAUUUCUAAAGACUUGGACCCGUACCGCCGAUGUUCUGAAAAGAGCGCCUGGUUGCAUCUCUACUCAAUUACACAGCGCUAUUGGAGAUGGCAACUUCAUCGUCAACUACGCCGUUUGGGAGAACAAUGAAGACUUGAAGAACGGCUUGGCUUUGCCUGAAUUCAGGAAGAUAUGCGAGGACUUCCCGGAAGGCACUGAGUUCCGUGCAUGCGUCAUGCAGAAAGCUUCUAUCCCUGGAGUUUGUGUGGGGCUGUAA